GUAUUGACGGUGGGCUGGCUAAGCGAUUCAUUUUAGAGCUGCUAUGGGAGAUAGCCGUUGCGGUGAGUGCCGAAUCUCACAGUGAAAAUUCGGAUGAGUAUAGUAACGCAGAACAACCCAGACCAGCGCUGGAAUACAGUCACCGAGACUCUACCACGAACAAACCAUCUAUAGAUAGGAAUACACAGACGCAAAAGGAAAGUCAGAAACAAUGGGCUGGCUCUACCAAUGUACAGAACGACAUAGAGUAUGAGCUGGUCGGUGAUGAACCAGGCGCUCGACAGAGUAUGACGCCUCAUGCAGCACGUAGUGGUGUGACACCUUUCAGCAAGGGACAGGUCGCAACCGAACCGUGGCAGCAGGUGCCGAUAUCUAGUAGAUACAAUACGUGGUACCCUACAGCACUGGACAGUUGUGAACAGGAGUUCACUCCAAUAGGACACUCGUAUACACCACAGGGAGCUUAUAAUAAUUCUUCUUUACGAUCGCGGCUGUUGUUUCAGGAUGGUGAAGGUGAAGGCGAUGGCGAUCGAUUGGGUCAAGAUGAGGAUAUAUACGGACGCAGUGUGUGGGCUGGUGUACUAGACAGAGAUAUUGACGACGAAAGGGGUGUACGUGGGGUCCUACCCGCAGGAGAGCGUGCCUUUUAUCGCACGAGCUCCGAGCAAAUAGGUGCGCGUGGAGGAUAUGACCACCACAGCUACAACUAUCAGUCCAUGUCGCACUACAGGGCAGGUGCUGAUGGCAAUGUGGAAUCACUUAUAGAUGGAGGCAUUGGCCAUGUCGACAACGACCUUGGUCUCGAUAUGGCGAGGCUAAGACUGGGUAGUGCGCAUGAGAUGAUAAAUACAGACGUAGACACACGCCUUCACACAUUACCGCGAUCACGCUUCAGCACUCACACACGGAGCGGCGCAUAUGCCACACCAUACCAAACGACCCAUGGCGAGACAGCAGAUGCAGAGCCACAACUGCCGGCAGAGAAUAGAUUGGGAUACAACCAGAUGAAUAGGCUAAGAGGUGACUUGACGGCCUCGAACAACGAGUAUCACCACCAGCGGAAUGCAAAUAGGUUUAGAUAUAACACAUAUAAUGGACACUUAGGAAUGGCAAGUACUACCAAUUUAUUGCAGCUUUACGGUGAUGGGUACGAGUACGGACACGAACACGAUGAUAGGAACCUGCAGAGUCGUGACGACCUUUACGAAAACCAGUUCGCUGCCACACAACGGCGACUGCAGCAACAGCAGGCGAGAGAUAUGCAGAGUGCGAUGCAAAGUAUGAGACUCGACGGUGUGAACCAGCACAGGGGAGAGAAAGAGCCUGUGGAUACCGGUAUAUACGGCCCAGGGUUGGAUGGGUUUCAGCAGAUAGGGGAUGAAGACUACGACGCACGCUAUAGCGGCAGCAACAGUAAACCUCGGGUAGAUACAAAGCGUACAGACGACGAUGGGUACGAGUCGGGUAUCAGCCAUCGUGAAGAAGCCGAACAUCUACGACGAGAGAUCAAACGAAUGCAAGAGAACAUAGCUUGCUUGGGGGAAAGCAGGCAAGCGGCCUGAUUGGCAGCAAAUUAUUAGAGAAAGGAUGUACGCUCUAACGCAUACAUGCAGCACAUUCACAUUGAACAGAUAUGGAUAUAUAAAUAAAUAUCUAUACAUAG